AUGGCCAAUGAGUCAGGAGCUGAGCACUCGGUGGGCGGAGGGGGAGCCGGGAGCGGGGGGCGGUGUCGGCGCUGGGGGUGGGGGGAGCUGGCUGGGCGGCUGCGCCGGCUCGGGCUCGGGCUCCAUCCAGCUCCAGCUCCUGCUCCCUCUCUCUUGCCGCUGCUGCCGCCGCUGCCGCGGGGCGGGAGGGGGCUCGGCCAUUGUGGGAGCCGCUCCAGCCAAGGCAGGGUGCGCCUAGCCGGCUGCAGGUCUCCGGUUGCCCGCCACCCGCCACCCGCUGCCCGCUGCCCAUUGCCCGCUGUCUGCUGUCAGUACCCGCUGCCGGCGCCUGCUGCCGGCUCCUCCUUCCCCGAUCAUCACCCCCGAGGACUCCCAAACCAUCUCGUCUCCACCACUUCUUGUACGAUGUCUUCCUCAGACGAAGAGACCCUCAGUGAGCGAUCCUGCCGGAGUGAGAGGUCCUGCCGGAGUGAGCGUUCUUACAGGAGUGAGCGGUCCGGGAGCCUAUCUCCCUGUCCCCCUGGGGAUACCUUACCUUGGAAUUUACCUCUCCAUGAGCAGAAGAAACGGAAAAGUCAGGACUCUGUCCUCGAUCCCGCAGAAAGAGCUGUGGUCCGAGUUGCUGGUAAGAGCAGCUGCUGA